AUACUCACCACUGCAGAGGUCGUUGCGUCAGACGCGAAAACGCUCAGGUCCGUGUAUCCUAGCGUAUCCCUGCCAUCUCACGCGACGUCGACCUUGCAAUAUCUCGCUAUAACUCUAUUUCUUUCUCGCGAUGUCUGCACCAACGGGCAUCGCUGUCUCUUCAGAGCUCUCAACCGCAUUCUCUGAUGCGGUGGGAUCUGGGAACGUCCGAUUCCUCAAGAUCUCAAUUCGCAAUGAAUCACUCGUGCCAGACGAAUCUAUUGCUCCAUCGGGUACUCUAGAGGAAGACUUGAACCAGCUGAGCGGUCUUCUGGAGGACAACAUCCCUGCAUACGUUCUCGUGAGACUUGAUGACCCUCCCUCUGAGUGGUUGGCAAUCUACUACGUCCCAGACUCUGCGAAAGUCAGAGACAAGAUGCUGUAUGCUGCAACGAGGACUACCUUGGCCAAGUCUCUGGGAUCAGCACAUUUCACGGACAGCCUGUUCGCCACGAGCAAAGAUGACAUUUCUGCUGACGCGUAUGCUAAGCACAAGCAGCAUCUCGCGGCACCCAAGCCUAUGAGUGCGAGGGAGAAAGAGAUGGAGGCUGUGAAGGCAGCUGAACGCGAGGCAGGCGCCGGAGGAUACGAAGGAAGCAGAGCCAGGCAGAAUCACAUCGGCCAAGGGGUUGGCUUGAAGUGGCAUGAGGAAGCUGAGAACGCUGUCAGAGAGCUGGGUCUGGGUGAUGGGAGUGCUUUGGUCCUGACUAGUAUCGACCCGACGACGGAGACGUUGUUGCUGUCCUCUUCAGCUGAACGUAGCAUUGACGGAUUGAGUUCCGCCAUCCCUCCUUCUGAACCAUCAUACGCUUUUUUCGCCUGGCCGCACAGCAUCACGUCUCCUCCUCGACGCGAGAUCGUGUUCAUAUACUCUUGCCCGUCAUCGUCUCCGGUCAAGCACCGCAUGCUUUACUCCUCAGCAUCGCGCUCUGUUUUCGAAGUCGCUAAGAACAUCAUCUCCUCAUCGGACAGUUCCUCGACAGUAGCCUCUCGGAAGAUCGAGACAUCCGACCCUACGGAGUUAAACGAGAGCUUCCUUGCUCUUGAGCUAGGCUUGCAGAACGAUCCGAACGCAGGAACGUCCACAGCACCUCUUCCGGACGCCGAAAAGAAAGCCUUCGCGCGUCCAAAGGGUCCCGGCAGGAGGAGAUGAUGAUCCUGCUGCGAACAGAUUCCUGGUUACGGUGGAGAAAUGCGGAACAGAUACCUAGCAUUCAUGAACAACGGGUAUGGCGCUUCUGUACAAUACUCUCGUGUAACAAUACCCUCUUUAUCGAGUGCUCCGGACUCCGUGAGCAUUCCGUUACCGCGACGUCUUCCUGAAGCGCGCGCCUUAUAAGGAUGCAUUCCACCGUC